AUGGGAAAUUAUUGUUGUCCAGAAAGAAUAAAAAGAAAUAAGCUGGCAUUAUUACUUGUGGGGCUGGAUAAUGCUGGCAAAACUGUAGCAGCUAAAGGAUUAGCCGGAGAGCCUGUAGAUCACUAUCCCAUUCCCACUAUAGGUUUUUCUGUUAUCGAAUUGCAACACCAACAAUAUGAUAUAAAAAUAUUUGAUUUAGGUGGAAGCCCGAAUAUUCGAGGAAUCUGGUACAAAUACUUUGUAGAUGUACACGGGGUGAUAUUUGUAGUAGAUUCUUGCGAUUCGGACCGAUUCAAAGAAGUAAAAGAUGUUUUAGAAGAAAUGCUGAGCAACGAUAAAAUCGCUGGUAAACCUUUACUUAUUUUGGCCAACAAACAAGAUCGAGAAAGUGCCUUGGAUGAAAUUGAUAUAAUUGAGUGCCUUAAUAUUGAACAACUUGUUAAUAGAUUUAAGUGUCCCACUUUAGUACAAAGUUGUAGUGCAAAUGACUACAACAAAUCUGAUCCAGGAAUUCAAACAGGAUAUGAUUGGCUUCUAAGCUACAUCGACAAAAACUAUGAACAAUUAAACUUAAGAGUACAAAUGGAUGUAAUGGAACAAGAAAUCAUCGAAAAAAAAGAAAUGCUACAAAAAAUUCAACGCAUAAAAGCUGAAAGAGAAGCUCUUUCAAACAACGAAGACCCAGAUGCUAUACAAACAUUCACCGAAUACGUAUCAAAAAUGAAUGGAGACGCUGUUAAAGUUGACGAACCCAACAACUAUAACUUAAUAGAUUUUUACCCAAAUCCUGAAGAAUCUCUUGAAGUUAAUAAUAGCACAUCUGAUUCCUCAAUAACAUUCCCUGAAAUCUACCCUGUCAAUGAGUACAAUACUCAAAGCACAGACAUAGAACGUCCUAGAAGCGCUAUACAAGUUGUCAGGCACCAAUUGCAAAUGAACAACGUACCAAAAAGAUCACAAAGUGCUAAAACUAGAAGAAAUAAAACCGCACCAUCAGUGAGGGCAAAGGAAUUUUUGCCUACAGAUAGGGUUUUUAUUAUAAGCAAGCCUAGUUUGGGGCCCGGAGGUGACGGUUUUCCUUUGUUCAAUGUCAGGGAAAAAUUGGAAAUCGAUGAGAGGUUUGAAGUGAAAAAGUUGCCACCCUUGAAAGUUAGGAGUCGGGCGCAAAUUAAUCGGGAAAAUGAUAUGAAUGGAGUUUGUAUUGUUGAUAUUGAAUGA